CCGCCCUACAGGAAGAGACCUUGAAGUCUGCAGGAGAGAUGAGUGGAGAGGACGUGGUUCCAGGACUUCAGUUGGUUGAUAAGGCAGCCAUCAUCUUCAUUAUUAUUUUAUUCCUUUUGUUCCUGGUGGCAUUGGUAGGUAAUGGCUUGAUCAUUGCAGCACUGGGCAGCGAGUGGCUGCUGCGGAGAAUGCUGUCGCCCUGCGAUAAGUUAUUGGUCAGCCUGGGGGCCUCUCGCUUCUGUCUGCAGUGGGUGGUGAUUAGUAGGAACAUUUACAUUUUCCUGAAUCCAGCGGCCUUCCCGUACCACCCCGUGUUCCAGCUCCUGGCCGUUCAGUGGGACUUCUUGAACUCUGCAACGCUGUGCUUCUCCACCUGGCUCACUGUCUUCUACUGUGUGAAGAUCGCAACCUUCACCCACCCCAUUUUCCUCUGGCUAAAGCGGAAUGUCUCUGGGUUGGUUCCUUGGAUGCUAUUCAGCUCUCUGGGGUUCUCUACCUUUACCUCCGUUCUAUUUUUCAUAGGCAACCAGAGAAUGUAUCAAAACUAUUUAAAGAGGGGUCUGCAAUCUUGGAAUGUCACUAGGAAUGCUGUGAGAACAUAUAAGAGUUUCUUCCUCUUCCCUUUGAGGAUUGUUACCUGGACCAUUCCUACUGUUGUCUUCAUCGCGGGCACAGUUUUGCUCAUUACAUCUCUGGGGAGACACACCAAGAAGGUCUUCUUUUCUAUUUCAGGCUUUCACAGUUCCAGUGCCCAGGCACACAUCAAGGCUCUCCUGGCUCUUGUCUCCUUUGCUAUCCUCUUCACUUCCUCUUUUCUGUCACUGGUCCUCACUGCCUCAGGGAUGUUUCCCUUUGGGGGAUUCCGGUACUGGAUGUGGCAGACUGUGAUUUAUCUGGGUACAGCAAUCCACCCCAUUAUUCUUCUCUUGAGUAACCGCAGGCUGAGAGCUGUGCUCGGGAGGGGCUGCUCCUCAGCACAUGGGGCAUCUUGAACUGCAAUUGAUGAAAAGCCUCAGAUUCUACUGCAGGAGGCCUGCCUGGCUGGAAUGGGAUGUUGCUUCUUUACAUUUCUUUGCCAUGUUUAAUCACAUUUAAUUCUUUCCCUCUUUGCUGUGUUUCAUGAUUAGAAGAAUAACUUCAGUGAAGUAGGAUUAAAGAUGAAAUAGAAGGUACUGAAGUAGUGGCCCAGCAUCGCUGACUUCUAUCAACACUAGCAAGGGUGUAGCUGAUAUAGUUAAUGUUCCCUGUGGGACCUGAUGUGGACAAAGAAGCAAGAAACUUUCCCUGUGACUAAACUCUUGGUGUGUAAAAUUAUCCUCCUGGAAACUGAAUGCAAGGAUCCUGACACAUGAUUCAUUUUUUAUCUGUUAAAUCAGACUGGAGAAGAUUUUUGGAACGUCAAUUUUCCUCUGACUUCAUCCUGUAAAACCACGUUUCCUUUUUCAGCCUUAACUGAUUUCCAACCAUCUACUGCAAUGAAGCUCUCUUUCCUUUCAUGCAAGAGUUCCUGGUGUCUGAACUCCCUUUGCAGAGCGUGGCGUAAUUUGUGCAUGUGUGCAGCUGUGUGUGUUCCUUGGGAUUUGUGCAUUUGCAGAUUACAUUUUGAGGACUCCUGAAUGCUAGGAGUUUAUUAUUUAUAUAUUGCUUAUGUUCUCUACUAUAGUCCAACCAGUUAGGCUGCUCUAUAAAUGAUAAGACUCAUGAGCCAGAUGUGACUUCUUUUAUGUUGCUCUUGGGACCUACUAAAACUUUUGACGUGGAGAGAUUCAUCUGUAUCUGAUACAGAUUUAAGAAACUCCUGGCUUGGUUUGGUGAAGCAUGUAGACUGCUUUUCUGCUUUCCACAGGUCUUCUCAAACUCCCCCUAAGAUCAGUGAUCUCUUGAACCAUUCAGACUGAGAUCCCUCAAUGUCCCGCUGUUUGCUUUAAAAUCUCUCAGCCUCAUUUCCUGUUUCUCCUCCCUUUUCCCUCUGUAUGAGAAGACAUGUCCCCGUUUUUCACUUUUCGAGGCUAAUGUUCACACUCUCCUAGCCUCCUUUCUAUCUCCUGCUCAAUCAAGAAUUCCCACUCUACCCAUCUUCAACCUUUUCCUCUUUAUUGUUCCUCCCCUCUUCAUUAAAUGUGCCCCUUACUCUCUUCUCUAAAAAAAUAAAGUAAAUCCCCUCCAUGCUCUUAUUGCCUCAAGUGAUCAACCUGCUUAUUAGUCACUUGCUAAGAGUCCCCUCCCCUGGCUCCUCCCUACCCCUCCUCCACAGACACAAUCUUCUGAUGCUCUUUUUGUUGAAAUGUGUUUCUAAAGGACACCCAUGAGUUCCUGAUCCCUAAAUGUGAUAUCCUCAGCCCCCAUUUUCUUAUGUUUCUGUAAAAUUUGCCCCUCUUAAUAAAAAGAUUUCUUCAAAAAAUCUGAUUAAAAUAUUUUACAAAAGGUAACACCUGAUUUUGGAAGAAGGUUUUAAAACAGGAAAAUCAAUGUCACCCAUAAUUGCUCACCCACACGUCUUCCUAAAAAUCUUUUUCUCCUUGGCCUCCGAGAUGCGGCACUAGGUUUUGUUCCCUGCUCUGUGGCUCCUUUUAUGUCUUCUUCACUAUCUGCUAUUCAUCCGACUUUGGUUUUUUCCUUAGCCAGCUCUCUUCCUUCCUGGACAUGAAUCUUCUCCCUUUUCCUUCAUGUUUACACCUAUUCACCUAUCAACAGCUUCACUUAUGCCUUUUGUGUGAAUAAUCAGCAAAGUCUUGACUUUCUCCAAGACUCUAAGCCUAUAUUUUCUUCUGCUUGCUGAGCAUUCUAUGUGAUAGUACCAUGAGCACUUCAGACUUAGCAAGUUUGAAACAGCUGUCCUUUUUUUCCUCCUCCUCUUUCUUUCCCUCCACUACUGAGUUGAAUCUAUUUUCUAUAUUACUGAUAUCCAAUAAGUCAGACUUACCAACUCUGAGUUAGUUUUCACUCCUCACUCUCCGCUGAACCCUUCCAUCUGAUCAGCAACUUGUCUACAAUUGGUCUCUAUUGGUCUCUACAAUUGGUCACUGUCUCUAUUAUCUGUUCCUGUCUUCCUGUUCUAGAAGAUCCUUUCUUAGAUUAGACUGUCCUCUUCUCCCACCUGGACUGCUUAUAUUUAUUUUUCACCAAUUACCUUAUUACAGUGACUCCCCACCCACCACCAAGUCAAAAGUACCAUUACCAGAUUAAUCUCUUGACCAUUUCACCAUACCCUUUUCACUGCCCAGUGCCUAUCAGUUGAAACACAGGUUCAUAAAUUGGCACUCACCACAACGUGGCAACAGUUUUAUCUUUGACAUGGAGAGAUUCAUCUGUAUAUGAUACUUAAGAUUUAAGAAAACUCCCGGCUUCCAUUCUAGUAGACCCAACCCUAUUUUGCAGCAAAAUGUGGGUUAUCAUUAUUCUGAACAUGCCUGGAGUUUCCUCCAUGAUGUACUAAAUGUGGUCUCUUAUCCCACAUCUACCUGUCAAAAUUCUAUUUAAUUUUUCCCCUGUUUAAUUUUUAAAGGUUAAUGCAAAUGGCUUCUCUUCUGGGAAGCUUUUCUGAAUGUGCCCCCACCUCAAACUUUGAUCUCUUUCACCUUGGAGGCAUAAAUGAGGUGUUGCUCAGUUGUGACAUGAAUUCUGCCUUGUAGUAUGAUCUGUUUAUUCAUUUUAUCCUUGUUUGUGUGCAUUUGUGUGUGUGUGUAGUUGCUCAGUUGCGUCC